AACCAACACAACCGACAUGACUGGUGAUGAGGUGAUUGACGCGCUCUUAUUUCCUUCCUCGAGUCCCCCUCUACUGUGUAUGCUGAUGACAGACACAUGACGUAAGCAGCAAAUGCAACUGGCGCUAGCCAAUCCGGCAACAACCUCCCUUUUAGCCACCAAAACUGCUCCGGCGGUUUUCUUACCUUAGCCUUAGUCAUUGAGGGGCAGCGAUGAGAAACUUCAUGAGAUUUCCGUGGCCGUUAUAAAAAGCUGAGCGGAUGCUUUGUCGCUGUUUGGGAAACUGGUCUCACAGCCGGUGUUGUACAUUAAAAACAGACUAAGACGUUAGUUCUCUAUAUAAGGCCUCAUCAUCUCGAUUGACUCGAUGAGGACCUUCUCUCCAGUCACCGUUGCAAGUAUCUCCAUCAUCGUGGGAAUCUGCUCCAUCUUAGCUGUCCUCUUUAGCCAAGACAUUCUCAGCUUCACGAACGCAUCAUCAUCAGCCCUUCUUUCCCAUAUUUUCCCAGCAGACAUUAAAACUUCCAGCAACAGCUCAGUCACAACUACAACCAAUCCCAACAACAUGUCCACCACCAGCACACGGCUCAUCCCCCGCGCCAUCCGCCAGACCUUCCUCGCCAUCGAGCAAUCCGAAGGCGCGGGCGCCACGGUGCGCCGGUCGAUCGGCACGCCGCGGCUGCGCAACCUGUCGCCCUUCCUGAUGCUCGACCACUUCUCGGUCUCGCCCGGCGCCGGCUUCCCGGACCACCCGCACCGCGGGCAGGAGACCAUCACGUACCUGCUGAAGGGCGGCAUCGAGCACGAGGACUUCGCGGGCCACCGCGGGCGGCUGGACCCGGGCGACUUGCAGUUCAUGACCGCCGGCCGCGGCAUCGUGCACGCCGAGAUGCCCGCGCAGGACACCGACGUCAACGUCGGCCUGCAGCUGUGGGUCGACCUGCCGAAGCGGCUGAAGCAGUGCGAGCCGAGAUAUCGGGAUCUCAAGGCCGACGAGGUGCCCCAGGUGGACGUGGACGACGGGAGGGUGAGGGUCAAGGUGAUCAGCGGGCAGAGCCACGGCGUGGACUCGGUCAAGGACCUGGCGUACACGCCCGUCUGGCUGCUCGAUGUCGAGGUGAAGCCCGGCGGCAAGAUCGUGCAGCCGCUGCCGGAGGGGUGGACCGCGUUCGCGUACACCCUCGAGGGGGAGGUGCUGAUCGGGGAGGAAGGCAGCCAGCGGACGGUCGGGGAGUUCCACAACGUCGUGUUCGAGUCCCAGGGUCAGGCCGUGUAUGCGGCGGUGGACCCGGGCGCCGAGAAGAGCGCGCGGUUUGUGCUGGUCGCUGGAACGCCGCUCGACCAGAAGGUGGUGCAGUACGGCCCGUUUGUGCUGACCAGCCAGGAGGAGGUGUACCAGGCGUUUAUGGACUACCAGACGCACUCGAACGGAUUUGAGAGGGCCAACGGGUGGGAGAGCGAGAUUGGGAAGAGCAUGGUGCAUUAGGCGAAUAUGGCUUGUAAAGGAAGGAAGGGGGCCGGGUAGACUGCUUGGUUGUGUGCUAGUGUUGGGGAGCAAGAUACCUAGACUUCAAAUGUGUAUACUCUCACUUGUACGAUCGAGUGACACCUAAGCGUGAAAUAACAGGAAGAGAGGAGAGAUGAAUUAGUAGCUGAUUGAAGCUCGUUCUAUCUCUUAGGGUAUAGGUCUAGCUGACAAACGAUGUUAAGUAUACGGUCUGUUCUGGCCAGGGGGUUUCUAUAUCGUAUAAUAGUUUGCGAAUAUACAAGCAUGCCGAAGUGGGCUACAUUCGGCCACCUCGAGCGGAAAUUGCAGAAGUAGGCAUCGUAGCUGUUGCAUCCCAGCCAAGGGUAUCAGAUCCUACUCUCCCCCCUACUGCCCCCGCCCCCCCCC